AUUCUAGUGUUGAGUGACAGUAGCGCGAAGUUGUUCAUAGAGCUCUGCAAGACAUUACCUCAAAACACUGUUUACUACAUUUCGCCGGAGUUCUCGCUUGGUGUGAGGGACAUGAUAUCCAAGAUAAAGGAAAGGUGGGAGAUGGUGGAUGGAAGAGGUGCCUGGGAAUCGCGGAAGACUGUCUCUCCUGUGCUGGAGUCGGUGCUUUUCCUUAUGCAGAUCUGCAAGAGUGUUCACAUAUACGGAUUCGAUCAUCCUGAGCCAUAUAGUUCACGAGGUUCCAAAAUGCGGAGCUACUUUGAUAAGGUGGGCGAUAUUUUGGUCAGCCAGUAUAGCAGCCACAUCCGCGGCCACCUCCAACGACGGAAUAUGCGGGAGCUGCACCCACCAGCAGGUGUGACACCUGCAGGUUGUACAGCUGCAGCUGCAGCAGCAGCAGCAGCAGCAGCAACAUCAAUCAUGCUGAUCGUCAUCAUCGCCAUCAUCAUCCUCAAUCAUCAUCAUCAUCCUCAAUCAUCAUCAUCAUCAUCAUCGGUUGAUGAUGAAGGCGAUCUCAGGGAAAAAACGAUGACGUUUCGAAAUCUAAGAAGUGGUCGGCAGUGGGGAAGGGGAAAGGAGGGCUCAGCAGCUUGCGGUUCUGUGCUUCCCAUUUGGCUGAUGCUCUCUGGGUUUGUUGUUGACGUCAAUCUUUUCGGUUACAGCCUUACAGGUUUCCAGAUUAGGAAAAAGAGUCAGCUGCCGAGUGGUGCGCACGCUCUCGAUGCCUAUCUCAAUCGAAUGCAGGGAACAAUUUUAGAUCCCGAUUGGGAGGGAGGAGUCAUGGCGGAUGUUCAGAAGCAUGUCAGUACAAACACUGCACAGCUGGAAUCCUUCCUAAAGGAYYUACAGGAGAUGGAACAAGUGAUGAGGCGUAAGCAUUCUAAAGAUGGACAACAGGGGAGAACAACACAGGAGCCASCCCAGAUGAGUGCGGAGGCGAUUCAGGAGGAAAAGAGGGAGGGGUCGUCAUCGCCGCCRCCGCGGAGUGCCGCUGCUGUGGCACAAAAAGCUAACGUUAAGUCCAAUGGCGCAAAGCACAUGUUGGACCCAGCCCAGAUGCGCCCGAAGGUGAUUCAGCAGGAGAAGAGGGAGGGGUUGUCACCACAACCACCGCAGAGUGCCGUUCCUACGGCACAAGCUAACGUUAAGUCCCAUGCCGCAAAGCACACGUACGAUCAUUACCACAACAAGUGGGCAAGAUUUGAUGAGGAUGCAGCCCUUGCUGCAAUCGACGAUGAGGACAAGGAGGGCAAAGCUGUGUCCACUGAAAAGAUUUCUCCAUCGGGGGAAAGAGAAGGAGUUGGUGCAAUGAUGGCGGGUGGAGUUGUCUCCGAACAGAGUAGGGAUGCGAAGGGGAGUGGCCAUCGUCUGGGAUGCAGCAAGCGCGGACCUGGUCUGAUGGAUUCUGUUCCUGGAAUGGCAGAUUCUGUUCCUCGGACAGCUGGUGGGUUGUUGCCGUUCAAUGCAAAAAGAGAAAAGAGUGAAUCUGUCUCAGGCGACAUGGUUGCCCGCAAGGGACACGCUCCUCCGUCUGCUUCGUCUCCGACUAUUGGAGCGUGGAGAGGCAGCAGUGCAGCGGCAAGACCAGAGAUGGUUGGCCACCUGUCGACCACCGACUCGGCGAGGUUGCCGUCGACGUUGCCGUUGUCCCAUCUGAAAGGGACAAGAACGGGAGCCAUUGAGAGCGGUCCAGCCGCCAUGCUUAGCAGGCUUUCUGACACCGCUGACUUUGACGACGCAUUACCAGAUGCGGCAUCCGAAAAGGGUAAAGGAAAUGAAUUCUUUCGGCAAGGCCGGUACUCUGAUGCGAUUGAUUGCUAUUCCCGGAGCAUUGCAUUGAGGCCCACUUGCAUCGCUUACGCCAACAGGGCGAUGGCGCUUCUGAAACUGAAGAAGUACAGAGAAGCAGAGGAAGACUGCACGGAGGCAAUCGAUCUUGAUGACAUGUACGUGAAAGCGUACUCGCGCCGAGGAUCUGCAAGAAAGGAGUUGAAGAAGUACAUAGAAGCUUCCCAAGACUUUGAGGUUGCGCUCCGUCUUGAACCGGAGAACAAGGAGCUGAAGCAGCAAAUGGAGUCUGUUCUGCCCUUUUGUGAAAGAGAGAGAGGGGUAGGGAAAAAGACUAGUCCGGUCUCUGUCCAGGAAGGCUCUACUCGUCUGAGUCCUGCCUCUGUCGCCACCUCUGCUCCUGCUUCUCGGAGCGUGCCCGCCUUCUCGUCGCUACAACCUUCGUCCAUCGGCAAUGCCACAAGAGGAAGGGCAGGCUCUCACACAGCAGUUGGAUCGGAAGCUGUGUCAAGAGUCAGAAUAACUGAGCUCUCUUCCGAAGAGCGAGGGGUAAGCUGGAGCAUGAGGAAAGUGGGGGGAGGAGCUGGUGAGCGGGAGGCGAAGGCUGUGUCUGGCGUGCUUGCUGAUGAAGAUUCUGUGAAGACGAAAGGAAGUGAACAGAAAGCGAGGGGAGGAGGUGGUGAGUGCGAGGCGAAGUCCAUGUCCGGCGUGCUCGCUGACAAGGAUUCUGUGAAGGCAAAGGGAGGUGUCACUGAACGAAGAGCAGGGGGAGGAGGCAGUCAGCAGGAGACGGAGUCUGUAUCUCGGACUCUUGCUGAAGAAGAUUCUGUGAAGAGAAAGGGAAGCGAGGGAGAAGUGAGGGAAGGAGGUGGUGAGCAGGAUACCCAGUCUGUGUUGGGCUCUCUCGCACAUGGAGAUUCUGUGAAGAAGAAGGGCACUCAACAAACGUUGGAAAAGGCCAGAAAGACGGCAGCGGCAGCGGUAGCCGCGCAGAGGCAGCAGGCUGUCAUGGGUGCACAGGCAAUGGCAGCUCGUGCCGCGGCAGCGGCAAGAGUGACGGUGGCCAAGAAGGUGAUUGCCCCCAAGACAGCCUACGAGUUUGAGAACGUCUGGAAGACUCUGGCAGAAGAUCGGCAAGCGCAGGCUCGAGUCCUUCGGAUGGUGGACCCGUCGACAUUGCCAAAGACCUUCAAGGAUGCAUUGAGCGCCAACCUGCUUUGCGACAUUUUUGCAGUUGUUGAUGAAUGUUUCCUUCCCGGUGAUGCUGCCAGGGGCAUUGACAUCCUUGAAAAUCUCCCAAGCGUCGGUCGGUUCGACAUCACAAUGGUGUUCUUGACGAGCCAGCAAAAGGCCAAACUCAGACACGUGUGGGAGGAAUCGGCGAAAUCUGCAGCCAUCUCAACUGAGCUGCAGGAGCGUCUUCGGUCCAUUCGUGCCAAGUACCAUGUGUGAGUCCAGAUGAUCGCAUUCGGAGAGGUGGCUGUAAAUUGAUCGACGGACGUGGCUGUGAUACAUGAUGUCUUCUGCAUAACCAGAGACAGAGAAUGCUGUGAAUCACAUGCACCAUGUCCAAGGACCCUUCUCGCACGCUAAGCGAUAGCAACGAGAUAGCCACGAGAUAGCAACAAGAUAGCAACGAGAUAGCAAUGAGAUAG